CCCUCCACCGACUCGUAGCUUGCAUUGUCAACACAGCACCAAACGGUCAGGUUUAACGGGUCGGGUAUUACCUGGUCGCAAUACAUUCGGCGCAUAAGGCACGCUUAGUCGUUUAUUAUUCUGUGGUACCCUUUCAUUAGGUUUUAACGUUCUUACCGCUUCAUUUCUUUCUCUCCUGUCGCUCGCUACUUGCGACGACACUGUCGAAUCGCCCGCCAUGGAUACCAUUGACUUUGACCUCAACGAUGCCUUGAAGCACUACAUGUCGGAUCCAGCCAGCAUUUCAACGCCUGAAGCUGACGGGGCUCUUUUCGACUGCGAAAAUGAUCCCGAAGCCCUUACACUCCCUGUCGUUAACUCUGUCCUGAACCCUAUCGUCGACGCAGUCGCCGAUAAUCCAGAUGCCAUCAUGCGCGCCUCCCACAUGGACUCGUUGCAGUUUCUCCUCAAGUUAGCCCCCAUAUCCCUCCAUCAUUCACCUGAUACUCCGACUGUGGGACAACAUUCUGAGCUAGAAAAUCCCAGAUACACAGCACAUCUUCCCACCCACGCCCUAAGCAAGAUCUUCGACCUUGUUAUGAGCGGCUUGAGUGCAGAGGCCGACUCUGUCCACUCCGAUAUCGACUCCCCCGACGAGCAGGACUCGGUACCCCACCACAAGAAACUACUCGAGAUAUACGGUUUCCUUCUGCAAUGGACGAUCGCUGCUGUUGAGACCAAGGCCGCUGAGAAGUCGUCAACGGCACCUGCUGCUAGAGGACGCGGAAAGGGAAAGAAGGGGGCUGCAAAGGAUAAGGAUGCGGCUUGGGAUUCGGCUACACAGCUUCAAGGGGCUUUGGAAGUUAUGUGCAAGGUUCUUAAGCUCAAGCUCUCCAAGAUCUUUCUCACAACAAGCGAAAGAGAUACAUUUAUUGGUCUCCUUACCCGACCAGUUUACAUGGUUUUGGAGAGCGAGCAACGAGUCAAGACAACGACCAUCCGAAUGCACUGCUUCAAGGUCCUUUGCAUUGCUGUGAAGCAUCACGGGCAUGGAUAUGGUAAGCAUUUCGAAGUGCCCAGAUCAAGUGAAGUGCUGACAAUUGAAAGCGGCGCAAAUCAACAUCAUCCAGAACUUGACAUACUUCGAGCACUUGUCGGAACCCAUGGCCGAGUUCUUACACAUCCUAGCAGAAACUUACGACUAUCCUCAGCUCGCUGACGAGGUAUUACGCGAAAUCAGUAACAAAGAAUUCAACUCCAACGAUACUAGAGGACCUAAGUCUGUUUCUUCCUUUAUUGCCAAGCUUUCUGAGUUGGCGCCACGAUUGGUGAUCAAGCAGAUGACAAUGCUUGCGAAGCAAUUGGACAGCGAGUCAUAUACUCUUCGAUGUGCUCUUAUCGAGGUCUGUGGAAACAUGGUUGGCUACCUCAGCAAGCAAGAUGAGCGCAGCGAGAACCACAAGUCCCAGCUGAACGCCUUUUUCGACGUGUUGGAAGAGCGAUUCCUCGACAUCAACCCCUACUGCCGGUGCAGAACUCUGCAAGUGUACAUGCGGCUUUGCGAUCUUGCGCAGAAGUUCCCCAAGCGACGACAGAAAGCCGCGGAACUUGCAUGUAGAAGUUUGGAAGACAAGAGCAGCAAUGUCCGACGUAACGCCAUCAAGCUUCUAGGCACGCUUAUCAAGACACAUCCUUUCACGGUCAUGCACGGUGCGCAGCUGUCGAGAAAGGAGUGGCAGGCUCGUUUAGACAUGGUCCAGGAGGAGUUGGAUUCUCUCAAGCCUCCCCCUGGUGUCCCUGGCUUUGGAGGCGACCAGGCGAACACGACUGUUGACAAUGAGCUUCUCGAUGAGGCGACACAACUUGGCUCUCCUCAGAAGCCUACCCAGAUGACUGAGGAGGAGAAGGCGGCUGCCAUCAAGAAGGCACAGGAAGAAGCUGCUACAAGCGAAGCUAUCGAGAAGCUGACACUAACCCGGAGAUACUACAACGAGGCUCUCAAGUUUAUCGACGUUAUCCACGACGCCACCACCACGAUCUGCCAGCUCCUCGGGUCAAGGAACAAGAGCGAGGUUAUUGAGGCCAUGGACUUCUUUGAGGUCGGUGACGCCUACAACAUUGAGCAGAACAAGGUCGGUAUUCGGCGUAUGCUUCGACUCAUCUGGACCAAGGGCAAUAGCGAUGAAGGAAAGGGUGUCCAGACACACUUGAUCGAGUGCUACAGGCGACUCUUCUUCGAGGCACCUGACUCGUUCAGUCCCAAUGAUUCUGCUAUUUACAUUGCGCGAAACAUGAUCAGUUUGACCUUUGGCGCGACACCCGCUGAGCUCACGUCGCUUGAGCAGCUCUUGGCGACAAUGAUGAAGGGUGGCAUGAUCCCCGAGGUUGUUAUAAGCAAGCUUUGGCAAGUGUAUGGUGUUCAGAAACGGGAGAUCUCCCGAACUCAGCGCCGAGGUGCUAUCAUUGUUUUGGGGAUGCUGGCAACUGCAAACCCCGAGAUUGUGGUUGGUGAGAUGGAGACCAUGCUUCGAACUGGUCUUGGUCUGCAUGGACGCAAUGAUCUUCAGUUGGCCAAGUUUACAUGCAUUGCUUUGAGGCGAAUCAACCCGUCUGGACGCCAGUCUAAGGACUCUCCUGUCAAGUUCUCACGAUUGCCCAACGACCACGCUGUGUCAGUCAGAUUGGCUGCCAUCACCGAGGUUCCCUCAGACAGCAAAGAGUGGUAUGGAGUAGCAGAGCAGGCCAUCAACGCCAUCUAUGCUAUUUCUAAGCAUCCCGACACCCUCUGCUCAGACCUAAUCCGACGAAAAGCUCGACAGGUGUUUGGACAGUCCCGUACCCCGCCAUCUUCGCAACCCAGCUCGCGCCCUACAUCGCGAGAUGAGACAAAGGUUGCGCCAACAGCCGACCAGACUGUGACCCAGGGUGAGAAGAAGAAACGCGACAAUGCUAUCGCUCUGUCUCAGCUUCUAUUUAUCGUCGGUCACGUUGCCAUCAAGCAGAUUGUUCAUCUUGAGCUGUGUGAACUCGACUUCAAGCGCAGAAAGCAGGAGAAGGAGAAGGCAGCGCCCGCUAAGAACGAUAAGGAUAAGGAAGAUGCGGAUGAGCUUGAUCUGAUCGGAGGUACAACAGAGGAUGAUUUUACAGAAGCCAUGGCACACAUUCGUGAGCGAGAGCUUUUGUACGGACCCAACUCUCUACUAGCUGUCUUUGGCCCGCUGGUAUCAGAAAUCUGCGCCAACAACACAACGUACGCGGAUAAGGGACUCCAAGCCGCUGCGACGCUCUGUCUCGCUAAACUUAUGUGCGUGUCUGCCGAGUACUGCGAAGCAAACUUGCCACUACUUAUCACUAUCAUGGAGCGUUCACCCAACGCAACUGUCCGAAGCAAUGCUGUUAUCGCGCUGGGUGACAUGGCUGUCUGCUUCAACCAUCUCAUUGAUGAGAACACCGACUUCCUUUAUCGUCGACUGGCUGAUGACGAUGCGUCCGUCAAGCGAACAUGUCUCAUGACUCUGACCUUCCUUAUUCUGGCCGGACAGGUCAAGGUCAAGGGUCAGCUAGGCGAGAUGGCCAAAUGUUUGGAGGAUGAAGAUCGCAGGAUCGCUGAUCUGGCGAGAAUGUUCUUCACCGAGCUCAGCACCAAGGACAAUGCUGUGUACAACCACUUUGUCGACAUGUUCAGUCUGCUCAGCGCUGGCGGCAAUAUGGAAGAGGAGAGUUUCCGCAGGAUUGUCAAGUUCCUUCUUGGCUUUGUUGAAAAGGUAUGUGAUGCACUUAUGGUUGGACAAGUAAUAACUAACGCAUUAACCAGGACAAACACGCCAAACAGCUGGCCGAGAAGCUUGCUGCACGACUCAACCGUUGUGAGACUGAGCGACAAUGGAACGAUGUUGCAUAUGCGUUGGGCAUUUUGCAGCAUAAGAAUGAAGAGAUUACAAAGUUGGUGUCUGAAGGCUACAGAGUUGUUCAAUCCUCUGCUUAAGGGUGUUGGAUACUUAGGUUGAGAGUGGCUGCAAUGAUGCUAUGAGUGAUACGAAAUGGGAUAUAAUGAUGAACAUAUAGAUGGCCAGGUUGGGUGGAGAUCCGUUGAUUUAAGUUUUCGCAAUAGAUACCACUGUUAAUGAAGAAUUUUGGUAUUAAAGUUUAUGUUACCUCCACUUUUACCGCAUUUGGU